GACAAACCGCUUUAUUUUCACCAGGUUUUGAGUGCUUACUGGGCACUAGACUUUUCAGUAAAUAUGAAUCACCUACUCUGCGAUUCUCCCAAGUGCUUAUGAACAAGGGUGCAGCGCCGAUUCUGCGCCAGCCUUUUGCCUGCAUCUCAUUUAAACGUGAAAACAAGGCGUGAUCUCUAUGCUCUGCCCAGGGUAGGGGCGCGGGCCCGAGCAAAGGGUGCACACCUGAGUAGGGACAGGAAGGGGGAGGCGGGGUCCUCUUUCCUGGUGCGCUGCAGAGCCAGGGCGAUCCUGAAUGGCCUCGGGGAGAAGGGGCCGGCGGAGGUCAGGCUGAGGGCAAGUAGCAGCGAAGGGACAGCCAGAGGUCCAGGCCACUCGGGCGGCGGGGUCCGCGGAACGGUGGGCGGGGCGGCGGGCGGGGCCUGUAUUGUCCGCUCCGCGGGGCACGCCGGGAGCCCCGCCCCCAAUAUGGCGUCUCACUGACAGUUGGCUACCUAGCGGCAGAGGCGGAUCCUGCUCUUGAGGGCGGCGGCGGCUGCGGCGGCGGGGCCGGGGUCUCCCGUACUGAGGUCGGGGGGAUGGCGGCUCGGACCGCCUAGGGCGGAGCUGCACCGGCGAGACGGCGAGCGGGGCGCCGCUGGCGGGCGCGGAGGCCGCUGCCAUGGAUUGGUGAUCGCGGCAGCUCCUGCUCCGUCUCCCCGGGCCGGGCGUCUGCGCCUCAGCGCCAAGCCCUCGGUUGGGGCCAUGGGCUCGUCGGCGGCCGCGGCGGCGGCGGCGGCGGCGGCCGCGGACUCGGCUCAGUGGCUCUCGGUGAAGGAGGAGACCAUAUUCCUGCACGACGGGCUGAUCCGGGUCACCGACCUGGCCGAGCUGCCCAGCGAGAUCCUCGGGGCCCCGGAGGCCGCCGACACCGACCUGGAGAUUUUAACCUUUGAGACCAAGAACCCAUCGGAAUUAGCCGAACAUUUGCGCUCCGUUUGUGGGAAUCAGAGCAAUGCCUAUGCCCGCCUGCUGGAAUACCGCCUGAAUGCCUUGCGAGGACUGUGGAAUGCCCAGCGCCAGCUGGCCUUGGAAGAACAGCAUGAAAGGGAAAGUUCAGGUGAUGAGGAAACUUUGGCCCUGCUAAAACGCCAGGGCUUGUUGCAGCAACCUGAGCAAGCACCCUUUACAUCGAGGAUGGGGCUCCUGCUGGUCUUCCCCCUUAUUCAGUCCCAGAGUAGAACAGACCCCUCUCUCUGUAACAUAACUGCUGAGGUGCUAUUGAACUGCCUUCGUGACUGCCAGCCUUUGAGCUUGACCAAGGAGCCUGCUGACUGUCUCAAUGGAAUUGAAACUUUGCUGUGCUCUUGGCUAGAGGAGACUUCUGACACAGGCCGACACAUCCCACAUAAGCAAAAAGAAAAUGCUGCUGCUGCCCUGGUGGCUUUGGCUUGUGCCAGGGGAUCAUUGAAAACUUUUGUCCAUACAGUCCAUCUCCUACAGAAACAGACUGAUCUAGGGUCCCUACCUGUAGCUGAUGUGCUAUAUAGGCUAUUGCUUUUGGAAGGGGGGCCUGGAUCUCCCUCCUGUUUGCUUGGGGGCAAACACAUAGUAUCAUGGGGUUAUGAAGACAUGUUGCCUGCACCAGAUAGCAACACUGGCUCCAGUUCUGAAAAUAAAGAUGCUGACUUGGGACGCUGUCUCACGGCAGACGGUCUUUACCUGUAUACUACUAACUCAGUUGGAAGAGGAGUAAGCAAAUUGGGGUCUGGAUUACAUGGUACUCUCAGAGGUUUUGUGUACUGCCGAAAUGAGGAGUUGGAACCAGGAUGGGUGGCUUUUGGCAGCGGCAGUCUUCUCCACCGGCCUGUCUCUUUCGAUAAUAAACCUCAUUCCCUUUUCCAGGUCAUUGAACAGAACACCCUUCAGGUGUGCCAGGUGGUACCAAUGCCAGCCAAUCACCUCCCCAUUGGCAGCACCAUGAGCACUGUGCACCUGUCUUCAGAUGGCACUUACUUCUAUUGGAUCUGGUCUCCUGCCAGCCUGAACGAGAAAACACCGAAAGGACAUUCUGUCUUCAUGGACAUUUUUGAACUUUUGGUUGAAAAUGAUGUAUUUGUAGCCAACCCGCUUCAGGAACGCACAAUUCUAAUGAGAAAAGAGGGCGAGUCUGCAAAAAGCAUUAAUGAGAUGCUUCUAAGUAGACUUUCUCGGUACAGAGCCUCCCCGUCAGCAACGCUGGCUGCCCUGACUGGUUCCACCAUAUCCAACACACUGAAAGAGGAUCAAGCAGCAAAUACUAGCUGUGGGCUGCCUCUAAAAAUGCUGCGGAAGACACCCAUAUAUACCUGUGGCACCUACUUGGUGAUGCUAGUGCCUCCUCCAGGGGGAUCAGGCAGCUCUGCCACCCGCUCUCUUUUUGGUGGAACAAGUGGUUUGUCAUCUUUAAAAAUCCUAGCCUCCAGCUUGGUGUAUAAUAUUUCGGAUGGUCAGUUUACAAGUCGUGCAGAUCUCAUAGAUGCUGCUGGAAGCUCAUUGGGGCGUGGUGCUCUUGUACCAGGAUUGGGUGCGUGUUAUGACACAGUGAACAACAUGCUAUGGACAUGCUCUAAUGACUAUAUCGAUCAGUGGUGUAACCCUGGGAAUCAAGCCUUCCAUUAUGUCUGCCAGAGACUUGGAGUCAGUCACAUUAUCACUGAGCCCAAAGAAGAGGCUAUAACCACGAAUGAGGUUAUAAACCAGUUAUUGCACCAUGUUGGUGCGAUGUGCAUACACCAACUCAAUCUUCUUGCUACCAACCCCAAUCUUCCAAUCACAAGUGUCUUGGGCAAGCAGCAUCCAAUUGAAGCACAUCAUCUUAGCAGUAUUUGUGACAUUAUGGAGAAGGCCAUGGUUAAUGGAGAUACCUGUAUUAUACGCUGCAUUCUCGUUGUCUUUCAGGUGGUAUUUAAAUUUUUCUUCAGCCCACAAACUGAAAGGAAUCGAGACAUCAUUCGACGAUCGGGAUUGCUUCUUUGGCAGUUGUUGAUGGCACCAAAAGAUCAAAUUUGCCCUGAAAUUCAGAAGGAAGUCUGCCUUGCCAUCAGCUCUGGUUUAAAUAUCUUGUACCCAGGUGAAACUGAAAUCAAUAACUUACUUAAGCUGGUCUUAACAGAAGGAGAGAGAAACAGUGGACUCUCCCAGCUACGGGAUGUGAUCCUAACCAACCUGGCUGAACAGCUCCAAAACAACCGAUUUGGCAGCGAUGAGGAUGAUCAUUACAGACUAAAUGAUGAACUUUUACACUACAUUCUGAAGAUUGUUGUACGAGAAUCCUGUAUCUUAAUCACCAAGUGCCAAACUGUCUCUAAAGAUGAUUUUCAAAAGCUCCUUUCAACUGUGCCUGCUGCAUCCUCCUGCCUGCGCUAUCUGAUGGCAGUUCAGAAUCAUCUUCUCAGUAACACUAUUUUGAUUAAACCUGAUGAGAAUGAUGACAGUGACAGCUCCUUGCAGGGAGAGACAUUGAAGGUACAGGAGCUAAAAGUCAGUAUUUUGGCUCUUGCCACCCAAAUCCUGACUGGAUGUGAUGAAGUGUUGGAAAUGCUACAGCAGGUCACAACUGCCCUCAUAAAUAGUGACAUAGCAGACCGUGAGCAGAGGUUAAAAGGCUUGGAACAAGUUACUAAGGCUACUAUGCUUGGUCACCUUCUUCCAGUGUUACUGACCUCCCUGAUGCAUCCAAAUUUGCAGACUCUGAUCAUGGCCGAUGCCCUGAUGCCUCAGCUAGUGCAGCUGGUACUCUAUACCAGCCAGACGGCUUUGCUGCUUAAAACCCAGUGUCCGGUUUUUGCUGAGGUGGGCUGUUCCCCAUGUGGUGCACCAGACCAGAAGUGUAGGCUGUUCCCUGAUGAGAGAAUGUUAGAAGAGAAGGAGGAGCCAGGAUUUCUCACUGGUUUAAAGAUUCCUGCCCCAUGGGCUGCUGGGAAGACUGUGGAAACAGUCCACCCUGUCAGAGACAACUAUAAAUUUAAAGAAACGGUCCAUAUCCCAGGAGCUCGCUGCCUGUACCUUAGAUUUGAUAGCAGAUGCUCUUCACAAUAUGACUAUGACAAAUCUAACAGUAUAUUUUCUGUUUUGAAGUUGGUGAUAUAUGCGGGGCCUAACACAAACAGUAGGAAGGUUGCUGAAUAUGGAGGCAACACACUGGGAUAUGGCAGCCGUAGUGUCUUAGGAACUGGUUGGCCGAAAGACUUGGUGAAGGUGGAAGGAGAUACAGUCACCUUCUCCUUUGAAAUGAGAAGUGGCCGUGAACACAACACUCCUGAUAAAGCCAUGUGGGGCUUUGCUUGCACAGUUCGCGCUCAGGAGUCUUCGGAGGAUGUCUCAGGAGGCUUGCCCUUUCUGGUAGACCUGGCUUUAGGUCUGUCUGUGUUAGCUUGUUCCAUGUUAAGAAUCCUGUACAAUGGACCAGAAAUUACCAAAGAAGAAGAAGCCUGUCAGGAUCUAUUGCGGUCCAAACUUUUACAAAGGUGCCAGUGGCAGGUGGAGGCCAAUGGCGUGAUCUCCCCUGCCCUUACUCCGAGCCCCUCUCCACUGCCUCUGACCAUAGAGGAAGACAGAGAAUUCACCUACCCCUCUGAUGUCCUCGUGCCUCCUGUUGGAAACUACUUUGAUCUGCCUCGGAUCAGGCUGCCUCCAGGAAUCAUGAUAAAGCUCAGGGAAAUUUCUGGGCGUGCUAGACCUCAAUUUAGACCAAGUAUAAAAGAAGUGAUUCAGCCAGACGUGAUGGAGGAAAUGGUGGUAUCUUGUGUUAUUAAGCACUUGAACUUAGUUGAUGCACUGCAGUCUCUAAUAAAUUUUCAAUAUCAAGAAGAACAUGCUGAAGAAUAUGAUUUAUUAUGUAAAAUUAUGGGAGAGACCUUUAAGAAGCUCAAUGCCAUGGAGAGACAGCUGCAGAGUGUUGCAGAACUGGAACAAAAAUGGCAAAGUGAAGUAGACGAUGCCAUACAGGGGAAACUGGAGAACAACAUGCCUUUCUUUUAUGAUUACCAUUUUAAUGAGAACAAAAUGAAAGAACUAGAACUUCUGUGUUCAAUGAAGGAAGUCUCCUUUGAUGGAAAUGAUCUUGAAAACAUGGUCCUAUCACUGAGGGAGAAGUUCCUACAAGAAGUGAAUUCUCUUAUUCAGAAACCCUUACACCCACUGGCUAAAACAAAGACGUUAGUGAAAAGUUUAAUGAACCGAGCUGAGCUGUUGCUGCAUGUCACCAUCGCAGCCCAGUCGGGCCUCACGAGAAGCAUCUCUGGGACUCCUGCUGAAACGCCAGCUUGUAAAUCAGCUUCUGAAACAAAAGUGAUAUCUCCCGCUGUCAGGCAGCCUGUUUUUCUUCGCAGCAUGUCAGCUCCUUCUGAUCUGGAAAUGAUUGGUAAUGAAGAUUUGGAAUUUACUAGAGCAAAUCAGAGUCUGUUCUAUGUUCCCUGUAGGCGUCGCCACGUGACCAGCCACCGCAGCAGCUCCUUUACUCUCCUGCAGUCACUGGCCAUUGAGGACAGCAGGGACAAGCCCACCUACAGCGUCCUGCUAGGGCAGCUAUUUGCUUUCAUCGGCACCAACCCUGACCAAGCUGUGUCCAGCAGCAGUUUUCUUUUGGCUGCACAGACAAGGUGGCGCCGGGGAAACACUCGCAAGCAGGCACUGGUGCACAUGCGGGAAUUGCUGACAGCUGCCGUGAGGGUUGGGGGAGUGACGCAUCUUGUGGGUCCGGUGACAAUGGUCCUUCAGGGAGGACCCAGAAUUGAAGAACUCACAUGUGGUGGGAUGGUCGAGCAGGUCCAGGAAGCCUUUGGCGAGACCAUGACCUCUGUUGUGUCUUUGUGUGCUCGUUACCCCAUCGCUUGUGCAAAUAGCAUUGGACUUUUAUGUACCAUACCUUACACAAGGAGUGAAGAGAAGUGCUUGGUACGCAGUGGCCUUGUGCAGCUCAUGGAUCGCCUGUGUAGCUUGAGCAGUCAGACCGAGUCCAGCUCCAGUGAGAAACAGACCAAGAAGCAGAAGGUGGCCACCAUGGCCUGGGCUGCCUUCCAAGUGCUUGCCAACCGCUGUGUUGAGUGGGAAAAAGAAGAAGGUGGCUCUACAGAGGCUGUGCACUCAGGUCUGGCCCGGCAGGUGUCCAGCCUUCUCACCAACCACCUUGCCCGAGCCACAGAGUGCUGUGGCAACCAGGCUGCUGGGAACGACGCACUCCAGGAUGUCCUUAGUCUUCUCAAUGAUCUCUCAAGGAGCCACAUAGGUAAAGCCAUCCUAAGCCAGCCAGCUUGUGUUUCCAAACUCCUCUCCCUGCUGCUUGACCAACGCCCGUCUCCAAAGCUGGUCCUUAUUAUUCUCCAGCUGUGCCGGGCAGCCCUGCCACUGAUGAGCGUAGAAGACUGUGGAAACGUGGAGCUCCCACCCUGGAGCUACUCUGUCCCAUCCUUAAACAGUGAGCAGGAGGAUCCCAGCGACCCAGCUUCCAAGAUUGCCUCCUUGCUCUUAGCAAAGCUGGCAGAUUACGUGGUUCCAGGAUGUCAGACAGUUCUUUCUCCAACCGCUUCUGAACCGGACACCACAUUGACAAAAACCAGUCCCAAGAGUUCCUUGAAAGGAGAUAAAGAUCCUGGAGAAGAGAGUGAAGCUGUGGAUGGCAAGCUCUCGAUAUUUAUCCACAAGCGGGAAGAUCAGUCAUCCCAUGAAGUCCUCCAACCAUUGCUAAGUAGUUCAGAAGGACGACCCUUCCGACUUGGUACUGGCGCCAACAUGGAGAAAGUUGUGAAGAUGGAUCGAGACAUGACCAAGGGUGGCUAUUGUGAAGUGAUUACAGAAGAGGCUGCAGCUGCCCUGAGGAAAGCCACCAAGUGGGCACAGUCGGGCCUCAUCGUCAGCAUUGGGCCACCAGUAGAGUCCAUCAACCCAGAGACUGUGAGUGGACUAUCCACAGGCGACAAAAAGAAAACUGCCCAAACUUCAAUUUGCCGAGAGAGAAACUCCGAACUUGCGAGGACUGAUCCCGUGCGUCCCUUCAUCAGUGGGCACGUGGCAAACAGCAUGGCUGCAGAAGUGAUCGCCUUGCUACAUAGCUUGCUCAUGGCACCCGAAUCAAAUGCUGCUCAAAUAUGGACCACAACAGCAGAGAAGGUUCUGUCUCGGGCACUGAUGUACAUUCCACAAUUGGGGAAAUACGCAGAGAGCAUUCUGGAAAAUGGCAGCAGCAGUGGGAGGAAACUUGCGAAACUUCAGAGAAUUGCCCGCCAGGCUGUUGCCGCUCUGUGUGCACUUGGAGGCUUCAAAGAGACAAUCAAGAUAGGAUCCGAGGUUCAGGUUUUAGGUAGAGGAAUCUCAGGAAGCAUUGGAGUGGUGGCUUCUAUCAAUGAACAGGAAGGUAUAGCUACAGUCAGAUUCCCACCCAUAGACUGUAGAAAGACUUCGCAAGCAUCAGACACAUUGACUAUUCCAUUGUCUAGACUUUGUGUUCCAAGAUCAGAGGCAUUGCCUCUUCAUAAACUGUCCAUUACUGAGAAGGUAGUACAGGCAGUCCAGUCCAUGUUGCUUCCUCAGGAGGGAAGUCUCUCUAUUCACACCUCACUUCCUGCAACAGGAGAUGGGUCAGCUCCUGUGAUGGCAGUCGUUCGGCUCCUUGCUGAAAUAAGGACAAGAGCAUGCCUGGUCAUGGCCCAACUUUUAGAAGACAGCUUAUUUUGUGAAGAAUUCAUACAACAAUGUCCAGCAGCUGUUGAAGUUCUUAACCUAGUAGCCCAGGAGUGCAGUGCUGGAGAACGACUUGCAGUUGUGGAGGUACAGUGUGAACGGCUGAGGAUGCUCUACCGGGACUGUGCUCGGCCCCCACCACCUCCUUUGCAGGCUGACCGCAGACAGCCCAAAGAGAUUACUUGGAGCCCCUCUCGAGUGUUUCCACCUGUUCGAGCCUGCAUGUUCUCAUCUCACCUUACCUCAGUCACCUUCCUGGCUGACCCCAGUGCUGGGGGAGGCCUGCCCCGGGGUACUUUUAUCUAUGCCACGUCACCACUGCCAGUUCAGGCCCCAUCUUUUUACUGGGAAAUUGAAAUAGUUUCCUAUGGAGAUACUGAUGAUGACACCGGGCCCAUAGUUUCCUUUGGCUUCACUACAGAAGCAGAGAAGCGAGAUGGGGCUUGGACUAAUCCAGUGGGCACUUGUCUUUUUCAUAACAAUGGUCGAGCCGUGCACUACAAUGGCUCCAGUUUGUUACAGUGGAAGAGCGUUCGCUUAGACGUGACUCUCUCCCCCGGUGAUGUGGCAGGAAUUGGCUGGGAGAGAACCGAGGGCACUCCACCUCCUCCAGGACAGCCAGCCAAGGGCCGGGUAUACUUCACAUACUGUGGGCAGCGCCUCUCACCUCAUCUUGAAGACGUCUCUGGUGGCAUGUGGCCAGUGGUUCACAUUCAGAAAAAGAACACCAAAACCCGAGCUAACUUUGGCUCCCGGCCAUUUGCCUACGCGGAAGGGCAGGCUCACCGCAAUGCUGCCGACCUGUGCACCGACCUAGCAGAAGAGAUCAGCGCUAACUUUGAGGCCCUACCUUUCGCUAUGGCAUCUGACAGUGACAAUGAUGCUGGCACCAGUAUUGCUUCAGACCCAGGCACUCAUGGGCCACCAUGCCGGAUUGCUGCCGUGGCCACUGCUCAGCAACAAUACGAUAGUGACACCUCCUGUCAUUAUAAAGUUGAGCUAAGCUAUGAGAAUUUCAUCACCUCUGGCCCAGACCCUCACCCGCCUCCGAUUGCAGAUGAUGAAAGCGAUGAUGAUGACGAUGAUGAUAUCCCACAGGAGGACCACUAUGCCCUGCUGGUGAAAGCUUGGGAGACCAAGGUUUUUCCUACCAUCCGAAGACGUUUCCGCAAUGAAGCAGAGCGGAAAUCAGGCCUGGAUCAGAUAAAAGGGGCCUUACAACUAGGUAUGGUGGAUAUUGCCCGACAGACGGUUGAAUUUCUCUAUGAAGAGAAUGGUGGCAUCCCAAGAGACCUUUAUCUUCCUACCAUUGAAGACAUUAAAGAUGAAGCAAACAAGUUCACAAUUGAUAAAGUUCGAAAAGGUCUCACAGUAGUAACCCGCUCUCCAGACAGCAAUAAUGUAGCCAAUAGUGCUGUUGGAACUGCUCUGCCGAAAUUUGCCAUCCGAGGAAUGCUAAAAACCUUUGGGCUUCAUGGAGUCGUCUUAGAUGUUGAUUCAGUGAAUGAAUUGGUGCAGGUAGAAACGUACCUCCGCAGUGAAGGUGUGCUGGUGCGAUACUGGUAUCCUAUUGAUAUGUUGGAAAGGCCCCCAGCAGGCUACCGAAGGACUGCCACCAAUGGGCUGGUCACACUGGACAAUACCAACCUUCAAAUUCACAGGGAGCUGCUGCGCUGCGAGGCUGCGCUGGCCAGGCUGUACUGCCGCAUGGCCCUACUCAAUAUCUUCGCCCCCAAGCUGCCUCACUUGUUCACCCGCCUCUUCCACAUUCCUGCCAUCCGGGACAUUACACUGGAGCACCUGCAGCUGCUGUCCAGUCAGCUCCUUGCACCUCCCCUCCCAGAUGGCACCAUUAGCUCCAGCUCAAUCCUCCUGGCACAGUCUCUGCAGCAUUGCAUCCAUUCCCAGAACUGCUCCGCCACGGACCUCUUUUACCAGGGCAACUCCCAGACAGUGAGAGAGUGGCUCAAUGUGGCCAUCACCCGGACCCUGCACCAGGGCGAGGAGAGCCUUUUAGAGCUGACAAAACAGAUCUGCUCUUUCCUGCAGACAGCACCAGAGCAGUUCCCCUCUGAAGAGUUCCCAAUUUCCGAGUCCAAAGUCAACAUGGACGUGAAUUUUCCCGGGGCAGCUUUUGUUGUUGUGUCUUGUAAAGAAAGUCAAUCUGGAUUCCGCAAAGACUCCUCUUUAUACAAGGCACCGUGGGCACGGGUGCUCGUAUAUGGCCUUGGCCACAAAGUGAAGCGAAAUGGACAGCUGAACCUCAUCGAGGCCGCCUGUUACCCACGGGAUGCGUCCCCGGCCAACACUGGGCUCGCACCUCCCCCCACCGCCGACCAGUACCCCUCUGUGGUUCUUUCCACAGACAGAGUCCACAUCAAAUUGGGGGUGUCUCCACCUCCUGGAGCGGUCCUGGUGUUACAUUCCCUGCCCCUGGAAUUCCCACUGGCUAUGGCCUUCGCAGAGCAGCUGCUUUCCUGGAAAUCAGAGGACAGUGAAGGGAAAUCCGAAGAUGAGCCUGACACCAUUCCGACAUCUGUCCUCCUGCAGGUGGUGGAACUAUUAGGAAACUUCCUGUGGACCACAGACAUGGCAGCCUGCGUGAAGGAGCUUGUUUUCCAUCUCCUGGCGGAGCUCCUGCGCACAGUGCAUGCCCUGGAGCAGAGGCGGCAUCCUGCUGGCCUGUCCUCUUCCAUCGCCCUCCAGCUGAACCCCUGCCUGGCUAUGCUGAUGGCCUUGCAGUCAGAGCUCCACAAGCUAUACGAUGAGGAGACGCAGAACUGGGUCUCAGGCAGCGCUUGUGGGGGCUCUGGAGGGGCAGUGGCUGGUGAUCAGGGCAGAUUCUCUACAUAUUUUCAUGCACUUAUGGAAGGGUGCCUGGCGGUGGCUGAAGUGACCCUGCCUACUAACAUGAGUGUCACAGCCAGCGGGGUGACCUCAGCAACUGCCCCAAAUCUCAGCGACUCAUCCUCCUCCUCCUCGUCCUCCCCAGGACAGACCCCACAAAGUCCCAGCCUCCUCUCCAAGAGGAAGAAAGUCAAGAUGAAGCGGGAAAAGGCCUCCUCGUCGGGCAAGCGGCAGUCCUCCCGCACGGUGGACUCGGACCCCACUGUGCUCAGCAUCGGAGGCAGCAAGCCCGAGGACAUGCUGUGGUUCCACCGUGCACUCACCCUGCUCAUCAUCCUCCGCCACCUCACCAGGAAGGACCCACAGGGGCUGGGCGUGACGAGUGAUGCCAUUGCUGAUGCCUGCCAGGCCCUGGUGGGCCCCACCGCCCACAGCCGCUUGCUGGUGAUCUCCGGGAUCCCCACCCACCUGGAUGAGGGUGUGGUCAGAGGUGCCAUCCGCAAGGCCUGCAACGCCCAUGGCGGGGUCUUCAAAGAUGAGAUCUACAUCCCACUGCAGGAAGAAGACCCCAAGAAGCCGAAAGACAAGGCCGAGGGCGGGGAAGGGAAAGCCGAGCCUGAGAAGACGCUGGCCUUCCCCAGCACAGACAGCAUGGAGGUCAGCACAUCCAGCAGCCUGACUCCCGCCAUGAGCAUCAGCGCCUCUGCCUCCACCAGCCAGGCCUCCAUCUGCAGCUCCCAGGGCAUCUCGCAGACCAUCAGUGACCUCUCUGUGGAUCCGCUGCCCGCCGGCCUCGAGCUGCCCAUUCCUCCAGGCCUAUUGGAGCCCCACGUGGUGUCCAGCCAGGAGAGCCUAGACAUUUCCCUGUGCAGCACUGGCAGCCUGGGCAGCCUGGGCAGCCUGGGUGAGCCCUUGGACAAUGCAGAGACGGCCUCGGUGUCAGACAUGGGCUCCAUGUACACAGUCACUUCCCUGGACAACCAGCCCCUUGUGGCACGCCCCAUCAAAGGCUUUGCAGUUGUGGAGAUAAGAUCCCGAGCCAAAGUUGAAAAAAUUCGAGCAAGUUUAUUUAACAAUAAUGAUUUGAUUGGUUUGUCAAGUUUGGAUGGUGAAGAUGAAUUGAUGGAAAUGUCAACGGAAGAGAUUCUAACCGUGUCUGUAGUAAAUCAGAGUCUCUUUGAUACUCAGGGGAGUCCAGGGUUAGAAGAUUAUUUCAAUGAUAAGUCAAUUAAAGAAGUGGGAUUUCAUUACGUUGGCCAGGCUGGUCUCAAACUACUGACCUCAAGUGAUCUGCCCACCUCGGGCUCCCAAAGUGCUGGAAUUACAGGGGAGAAGCUGGUGCCGGGGGCCAGAGAGGUUCUGACGGAAAUAUUUAAGAGCUGUGCCCAUUCAGAGCAGACGCUGAGCCUGACACCAGCGAAGCCCAUCAGAGUCUCUGACAUUUAUCUUAGCAAAGAGCAGAUCAACUCCCAGACCCCAGGCAACCUCCUCCACCUCUUCUUCACCAAUGUCCGGCCUCCAAAAAAGGUGCUGGAGGAUCAGCUCACCCAGAUCCUGAGGAAGUACGGCGUGCCAAAGCCCAAGUUUGACAAGAGCAAGUACAGCAAGGCCGGGAAGGAGCAGCACCCCGUAAAGGUGGUGAGCACCAAGCGGCCCAUCACCAAACCGCCUGCCAAGGACAAGGCUGUGCUCAACAGCGUCAGCAGGACUGCCUUAAGUGAGAAGAAGCCAACUGUGAAGCCAAAGUCACCAGAAAAGAGCAAACCAGAUGAAAAGGACCCAGAAAAGUCACCUACCAAAAAACAAGAAGUCCCAGAGGAAAAAUACCUGACGCUGGAAGGAUUUCACAAAUUUGUUAUUGACCGAGCCAAGCAAGACAUCCGCAGUGUCUGGAGGGCGAUCUUGUCCUGUGGUUAUGAUCUUCAUUUUGAGAGGUGCGCCUGCAUUGAUGUCCGACAUGCACAGAAGGCCUCAAGAAAGUGGACUCUGGAGAUGGAUGUGGCACUUGUGCAGUACAUCAACCAGCUAUGCCGCCACCUUGCCAUCACACCCGCACGGCUCCAUCCCCAUGAGGUGUACCUGGACCCCGCGGAUGCUGCUGAUCCCAGAGUGGCCUGUCUCCUGAAUGUGCCCAUCGAGAGCCUGCGCCUGCGCUUUGCCCUGCUGCAGUCCCUCAACACCACACUGGAGACCUUCUUCCUGCCCCUGGUGGAGCUGCGCCAGACACCCAUGUACACCCACAGCAUCGCUGCCCUCCUGAAGGAGGCCAAAGGGCUGAUCUUCUAUGACACGAAGGUGACAGUGAUGAAUCGAGUGCUGAAUGCUACCGUGCAGCGGACAGCGGACCAUGCAGCCCCUGAGAUCACCUUGGACCCGCUGGAAAUUGUGGGAGGGGAAAUCAGAGCUUCUGAAAACUCCUACUUCUGCCAGGCUGCCCGGCAGUUGGCCUCGGUGCCGUCAUCUCAGCUCUGCGUCAAACUGGCCAGCGGCGGCGACCCCACAUAUGCCUUUAACAUCCGCUUCACUGGGGAGGAGGUCCACGGCACCAGCGGCUCUUUCCGGCACUUCCUGUGGCAGGUGUGUAAGGAGCUGCAGAGCUCCUCACUGUCGCUGCUGCUGCUGUGCCCCAGCUCGGCUGUCAAUAAGAACAAGGGCAAGUAUAUCCUGACCCCAAGCCCCAUCACCUAUGGGGAGGAGCAGCUGCUGCACUUCCUGGGGCAGCUGCUGGGAAUUGCGAUUCGGGCAGAUGUCCCACUGCCCCUGGACCUCCUGCCCUCCUUCUGGAAGACACUGGUGGGCGAGCCCCUGGACCCUGAGCAAGACCUGCAGGAAGCAGACAUCCUCACCUACAAUUACGUCAAGAAGUUUGAGAGUAUCAAUGACGAGACUGAGCUGGAGGCCCUGUGCGCCGAGAUUGCCUCCCAGCACCUGGCCACCGAGAGCCCAGACAGUCCCAACAAGCCCUGCUGCAGGUUCACCUACCUGACCAUGACGGGCGAGGAGGUGGAACUGUGCAGCCGGGGACGGCACAUCCUUGUGGCGUGGGAAAACAAGGACAUCUACGCGGCAGCCAUCCGGAGCCUGCGGCUUCGGGAGCUGCAGAACGUGGAGUGCGUGACAGCUGUGCGGGCUGGCCUGGGCUCCAUCAUCCCCCUGCAGCUGCUAACCACGCUUAGCCCGCUGGAGAUGGAGCUGCGCACCUGCGGCCUCCCCUAUAUCAACCUCGAGUUCCUCAAGGCCCACACCAUGUACCAGGUGGGGCUGAUGGAGACUGACCAACACAUCGAGUUCUUCUGGGGGGCCCUGGAGAUGUUCACUCAGGAGGAGCUGUGCAAGUUCAUCAAGUUCGCCUGCAACCAGGAGCGCAUCCCGUUCACCUGCCCCUGCAAAGACGGGGGCCCUGACACCGCCCACGUGCCCCCGUACCCCAUGAAGAUCGCCCCCCCAGAUGGCACAGCAGGUUCCCCAGACUCUCGCUACAUCCGCGUGGAGACCUGCAUGUUCAUGAUCAAGCUUCCCCAGUACUCCUCUCUGGAAAUCAUGCUGGAGAAACUUCGUUGUGCCAUUCACUACCGCGAAGACCCCCUCAGUGGCUGACGGGAGGGAGCCCCAGAAUUAGGCUGUCACUGAGGCAUCCACUCUGUCGGCUUGGGAAGCCCGCCACUGCAGCCCGUCCCUCCAGGGCCCGUCCCUCCAGGGCCCUGCGUGAGGAGGUGGCAACAUUUUGCUUUUCCGAACUUUCGUCCACAUUCCAGGUCCUCCUGGAAGACUUAACCUUUUGUCUUUGUACGUUUUGUGAUGGGUUGGUUCUUUUGCUGCCUGUUUGUGGUCUAUUUGUAGGAUAGUUUAGUUCCCAGACAGUUUGUGUCUAAUUUGAUCUUCCUGGACAUUGUCCCUCGUGACCACCAGAUACUGAUGCCAUAAGGCCCCAGCUGGUUCCUUAUCACAGAACCACCCAGCAGGAAGCCAGGGGUGCAAUGGCCUCAGCCACACAGAGUGUCCGUGCUUUUAGCAGAACAUCUCCACAGAUAAGUCUGUGGCCAGCCCUGCUCUCCGGCCUCAAGCUGGAGUUACUCCUGAGGCAGCCCCAGCAGGCCUCCCUCCACCUAGAGGUGACUGGGCCAGUUGCCCAAACACACGAGACACACAGGGAGCUUUAUGUGUUCAUGUUACUGCUUUAGAACUUGCUCCCAAUCUUGGUUUUUCUGAGGAAAAGCCCACGUGGUUCUCCCCUGCCCCUCCCACACACUCCCCUAUCUGCCGUCUGUCUCUUCUGGGCCCUGCCUGGUCUGAUAGUUUUCAUCUGAGGCCUCCUCGGGAACAGGAGACUCAAGGGUUCAUCCCAACCUUAGUUCACAGAACCUGGCUGGGUGCAUCCCAGCUGCAGGGGGUGAGAAGACACCCAGAGGUGGGGGACAGUGCUCAGGUGGGGGCCUCCUCCGAGACUCUGGUUGAAGAGGAAAAACAUGAUUCAAGCCUAGCCCACGAAAAAGGAGCACAAAACACUCAGAAAUGCCCCUUCCUUCCUGCAGUGACUUGGGAACAAGGGAAAGGGCUGCAUCCCCAUUUUCAAAAGUGUGGCCUGAGGUGCUCUGCUCAAUUCAGGGUCUGCUUUAGUGACCCAGACACUCAAGUCCAGAUGGAGACUCCAGUGGGGUCCUUCCAUCCCUCUGGCCAGUCCCGUCCAGCACCCCCAUCACCCCGUGUGUGUGUGUGUGUGCCAGGGCUGAGCUGUCCCCAGGCUCACCCACUGCCCCAGUGCAUCUGUGCCCCCAAUAGGUCUUUGUCCAGUGGUACUCUGUUCCUGAGCAGCACAGGCCAUCUUGUUGGACACUGUCUCUUUGGACCUUGCCAGGUCUCACAGAAUCGCAUCGCUGUAUUUAUUGUAUAAAUUGUGAAUAUUGGAAGUUAUGAGUGAGUGCUGUCUAGAAGGUUUUGCAGUGUGGAUGCUGGUCCAAGAAAGAUGUGCCCUGGCUUGCUGGAAAGAUUGUGAGUUCUAGAGAUAGAGCCGUUAGCAUCCAUCUCCUCUUUGUAACUCUUAGGAAAUGCAUCAAGGACCAUUAUAGAAAGGAUCCCCUGAUCUAAGGACAAGAUAGACCUAGAGUGACAGCUGCAUCAGUUAUAUUUGAUGCAAGUCACCUCUGGAGGUGAGCACCCGCAAGCAGUCCCCCUGCUUUGAAAGAUGGUCAGCCCGCUGCCCCUCCAGCAGCCACAGCUCCCUUGAGUGUGGGGGUCAUAUCCAGGAUGUAUUCCUGACAAGGAUCCUCUUGUUUUCAUUUCUGCUUACAUGAAAGAGCCUUUGGAUUUAUUAGAAGUGGUUUUUCCUCCCUGUAUCUUUAAAUUCUUGGUUCCCUCCAGUCCUCAUCCCUUGAAUGGACUUGUUAGCUACCUCCCCAGGAGGAGUUCAGAAGCUUCUGUUGGCCAUCACUUGAGUAGAUGACAGCUGUGAGGUAUCUGCUGCUAACAUGGCUGCUUCUCUGAGAGCACAUUGAGGUCCAGACAGAUCCAAACCUUGGCCCUAAAAAAUGUGUGCUGUAAAGUUACUUGAUGUAUAUUUAUUAUAAUUAUUUAUGGUUGCAUUUAACAAACUUUUCAUUCAAUCUGAUGCUAUUUACACCAUGCUGUGUAAAAGAAGCUCACUAAAGGAAAAAGUCACACCAAUAAAUAACCUACAUCUAAUUUUGAUUUACCUUGAGUUGUGUGAUCAUCUACUCUUGCUGAGCAAGUUCAAAGGCUGGCAUGCUUGGAUGGCUCUGAUAUUUAAGUGCUGCCAAGUGGCUAGGAAUUAAAGUGUUUCUAAUUAU